UACGGUACGGGUUGUCUUGACGAAACCCCCCUGGACUUUCAGAACCGAAAACGGGCGAAAUUAGUGAACUGCAACGGACCAUAACGAAAGACACGGAAUAUACUCAUGAUUUGAUGUCAUUGUUUCAUUUAUUCACUAAACAAACGGACUGAGCCUCAACAUUCCGGAUCACCUGAGACGGAGUCGGGAAGCAAGCGUCCCUUCGUGUUGUACUAAAAGCGAGCGGAUUGUGGACACUUCUAAACAAAAACAGUGAACAGUGUUAUCAAACAUUUAGGCAAAUGAUAACAGAUAUGUCUGUGGGGCACUGUAGAAAAGAAGAAGGCACGGCUCCCUAACCACCACACCCCAAAUCCCCCCCUUCCCCUCCCCAAAACCCCACCCUCUACCCCCACCACUUCUCCCGCCUGCCAUGGUCUCGGCUUCCCCGCUCUGCAGUAGUGUGCGUGCCUGGGUCAGCACUGACCACAUCCCUUUGUGCAGCAUCAACGUAGACCGAGUAUCCUAUACUGAAGAUUCUUCCUGUGUAAAACUGCAAUCACCACUGUGUAAGGAAUGUGGUGUUAACAGCGAACACAUGCAGGUGGAUCCCACACAGAUGAAAGUAAGAGAUGGAGGUGCUGUGAGCACAGGGGGCAGGACUCCAAACAAGGUGCUAGAGAGCAUGGUGGGAAACCCUCCGCCUUUACCUCCAGAGCUGGCUACAGAUGUGAAUCAGCAGUCUAAGCCAGCUCCAGACUACAAACCAUCCCAUGUCUCCUCAAAAAGCAGUCAACUGCAGCACUGCCUGGAAGCCUCUCCCUCUCUACACUAUGAAGACACCCCCUUAUUGUGCACUGUACCAGUGAACACAGUACUGCAUGAGAAAGCAGAGGUUCCCAAGCACAGCAUAGAUGGCUCUGCAACCCAACCCAGGCAGCAGCGGCCAAGUGGGAAAAGGGACAACAUCCCCCCCAACCCCAGUCCCAGUACUGCAAACCCUGAAAAGAUGGCACCAGCUCAGAUUCAGUCUGUGAUUAGUCUGUCACCAGGUUUCCAGUGCUCUACACACUUUAAACCAGGCCAGCCAGUGGCCUUUUUUCCUACUGCUAACCUCAGCCCUCCAAUGUGCAAGAUCACUCUUCCCCCUGCUUUGGGUCAGAUUGCAGCUUUAAGAGAAGCUACAGCCAACCAGUUCAGCAAGGUGUGUCAGCUGCAAAGCUCAAACUCUGGUGGUACCCCUCAGCUCCGGCCACACCCUUAUCACUUCUCCAUUGGUAGAGUUAUAGCACCCGAAAAUAAACCCUCUUCCACUGCGGCAAAACACGUGGCUUGCAGCAAGAGCUCCAAAGCGGGCAAAGACCAUGAUUCACCCAUAGACUCUGGAGCCUCACCUACCAUUGCAGUCCCAUCAAAGCAGCCAACAGGGUCUCCUAUACCCCCUCUAUCCCUGCCUCCUUCUUCUCAAGGUGGGUGCAGCCCAGCUGUAGCCAGCUUCACUGAAAGCAGAGGACUGCUGAACCACAUGGAGAAGCAUCCGUCCCGUCACAGCCUUGAAAAUGUGUCAGUGAUGCAUGCAAGACUCAAGUCUACAGGUGUCACAGAGGAGAAUGCACUAACAUGCUCAGCUGAUUUAAGGGACAUGCCACUGGACUUGUCCGCAAAGUCGAAACGACAGAAGUCUCCUGCAGCCCCUCCAAAAACAUCCCAAAUACAGCUCUGCUGUACAGAAGCUGGGAAGAAUGACACCACCUCUCUAAAGAGGGUUUCUUGUUCGCAGACCUCCAGCCUUGGGCCUUCUGCACCUUAUACCAUCUUUCCAGAGACCCUGAGAAAUGGUGCACUUGCAAAGAGUUCCACCAACUUUUUGAAUCACAAGGGCUCUGAUGCAUCUGCAUCCUGGGCCAACAUAUCCUCACAGGCCUCCAUAAACCUCCCAGGGACCUACGUGGGGGUGGCUAGUCCCGUACUUGCCUCCACCCUGUGCAGCAAGGAUGGAAAGGGGUCUGCUUUUGUGGAGGACCUGCAAAGCAUAGCUAAACAGGAGACUAUCUCCAUCAUUGAUCAGGGUGAGCACCUGGUCUGUAGGGGAAGGAAAGGACCUGCUGUGAUUAAGGAUGCACAGAAGUGCCCCACCUCCAAACAGUCAAGUGAUAUUCGUCUAGCUGGUCAACCCAAGGAUGUUUUUCCCUUAGUUUUAUCUGGCCCUGCUAAGUCGCAUCAUUGUAUGCCCAGCAGUGGGAAAGCAGUCAUCCCACAGUCUCCUAAUGGCAGCAAGCCAGCAUGGCGCCAGCUCAGUCUUCUCCCCCACCAGGGAGCUUCUACACUGCAGCGGAAAAAGUCUCACAGGGCCCCCCAAUUACAGUUAUGCAGUGGCAGUGAGGGCAUCCCUUUUCAGGAUCCCAUCUCAAACGCAUCCCAUGCAAAGGAAGAAAAGUGGGACAAAUCCAGGUCUCCUCUCUGCAACCUGGAGUCCACAGUGAAACAGAAACCUCUGGAGGCACCUGAACUCCCCAGUGAUGGAUGCCAUAAUCUGGCAAAUUUAGACACAAAGAGUUCUGAAGCUGUGGCUGCACAUGUCAGGUAUCAAGACACCAAAUCACGACAGAUCACGUGCAGAGAGUUCCAACCGUUCAAGACUUCUAAGAAGCGAGAAGGGAAACUUAAGAAAGAUCUCCAAGGAGGGGAUCACACCCGGGUUUCCUGCAAGCAGGAGAAAAGGAUUGCUACUGAACUCAGUGAAAAGACCACAGUGAAACAACUGAAGCAGGAAGAAAAUUCAGGUAGCGAUGACUGCUCAAACACUUCAAGACCUCAUGAUAAGAAUAAAAGAAGAACCGAGUUGAUCCAUGACUCCAAUGACAAUAAUAUUGAGGAGACAUCUGUCACUGAGAGCCUCUCCCCUUGUGUGAAGUUGGAAGGCAUUGCUUUCUCCAUCCUCAAGGGUCAAUGCACGGAUGUCACUGAGCUGAAGGAGAAAACAAGUGGAAGCAAAAAUAUGAAAGAUUCUCCUUCUAAAGCUAGAGCAUCAGUCCACAAAUGCAAAAAGCUCAGUUCCAGCAAGAAUGACAAACUGUCAACAGAAACCUUGAGAAAGACAGUAGAAUGUCCCAAGAAGUCACAGAAGGACAGUCCUGUGACAAAGAAACAGAAGAAGCAGCCGGUACAUGGACUGGCGCUAAGCCAGCCAGAGGUAGAGGAGGGCAAGAGGAAACAUGGUGGGAGGUGCAACAUCGUUUCUACAGAGCCGCUUUCUCAUAGCCAAGCAGCUGAUAUGAGUAGUGAGUUCACGGCCCUUCGAAGUACAGCAGCCCAAGGUUCGCAGCAGGGCACUCCUGGCAGGCCAAGAAAGGAGGGGGAGUGUGCCACCCCCAGGCUGAGGAGAGGUCGCCAGUCGAUGGAGGAGGCGCUUCAAGGCAACCGGAGCCCCCCUCCCUCUCUCCCUCCAGCAUCUCCACCUCCACCACCACCACCACCCCCUGCCCCGUUCCGCCGACCCAGAGGCCGGCCUCGCUCAAACCCGCUGCCAAACCAGACCCAGGGGGCCACGGCCACAGCCGUGCACAGUGGGACCACGGACUUGUCCGCGGGAAAGAAAAGGCGGCGUUGCAGGAAUAGGAAGUAUCAGAAUGGGGAGUACAUCGUGGAGCGUGAGCAAGCCAGAACAGAAAUGGAGGACAAGUGUGUGACCACACGGCAAGCUGCUCGAGCUGAAGCAGACCUGAGGACCACAGGGGUGUACCCACGCCACAGCGCCACCCUUCCGUGCCCAGGCACCGGCCCAGAGAGUGGCACCAGGAGAGCUCUCCUCACCCGCUCGGGGUCAGCGCGGAGGCCUGAGUGUCAUGCCACUCCGGAGUCCAGUGACAAGCCCUCAGGCAAACGGAAGUUCAAAAGCAAACACUUGUAUGACACAGAUGAGGAGAAGCUGAAGAACAAGCGCAGCCACCUUGGAAAACGCUCUACUCCCGUGGCCAACGCGGACAGCCCUCCAGCAAAGAGGCAGCAGUCCCCUGGCUCUGUUUCCUCCCCAAAGGGUCUGUCCUCACCCCUUACUAAUAGGAAAGGGGGCGCUAGCAGGGGGUGCGUUCCCGAAUCCUCCCCAAUCCGGCCCAUCCCUCCAGAGGUGCGCAGACUAAUCGUGAACAAGAAUGCUGGGGAGACCCUGCUUCAGCGAGCUGCUCGCUUAGGCUACCAGGAGGUUGUCCUGUACUGCUUGGAGAAAGACAUGCGGGAGGUGAAUCGGCGUGACAAUGCUGGCUACACUGCACUUCACGAGGCAUGCUCCCGGGGCUGGGCCCGUAUUGUCCGGGUGCUGCUGGACCAUGGAGCCGAUGUCAACUGCAGCGCCCAGGAUGGCACACGGCCAAUUCAUGAUGCAGUGGUUAAUGACAAUUUGUAUGUGGUGUGGAUGCUGCUGAACCAUGGAGCAGACCCCACCCUGGCUACCUACUCUGGGCAGACGGCACUCAAACUGGCCCAGAGUGGCAGCAUGAAGAAGUUCCUCAUGGAAUACUUUGCUGAUCUGGAUGGACGAGAUGAGCGGGAUCCCGGACUGAGCUGGGAUUUCUACAGCAGCAAUGUGUUCGAGACUGAAGAGAAGGCAUGCUGGGAUUUCUUGCUCUCACUGCCCAAUGAGGAGGAGGCAAAGGAUGAGGGGAGGAAGGAGAGGGAAGAGAGAACAGAAGGGGACUGCUUCCUGUUUGAAUUCUCAGCUGAGCCCCUUUUACCCUGCUACCAUAUUCAAGUGUCACUAACCCAGGGCUUCUGCAAUUGGUUCCUCCUUUCAGACGUCUUGAGGCGCCUGAAGAUGUCUGCGCGGAUAUUCCGAGCGCGGUACCCGCACUUCGAGGUGGUGGGGAUCUCACAGACGGAGCUGUGCCAGCAAGUGUCCGUCAGCCAGGUUACGCCAGUCCCAAGAGAGCUUUGGCUGGCUGACGGGGAAGGGGAGGGUCCAGUAGAGCUGGUGCGCUGCGUCCCAGACUUGCAGGGGCUGCUGGGCUCUACCGUGCACAUCCUUGAGGAGGCGCAUAGCCGGUAGUUGCCAGCACCCCGCACCCCUCCUCAAAACUCAAACACUUUCCCAACCUCCCAACACCCCUCUCCAGUCUCAACUUCAGUCUCCCUCAGUGGCCAAUCAAAUCAGGACAAAGAGAAGUACCCAUGAGUCCCACGCAACACAACCAACAGAACCAGCCAUUUGAAUCCAGAUGCUGAGGAUGGACUUGGUGAUCUUUUCUGAUUUCUAUAUCUCCACUUCUAGUGUUAUCAAUUUUUAUAAGGCACACGCCACUUAAACGGGCUAUGGCAUCCACAGCGUAAGCGUAUUCAACUGCCAUGAACCCCAGGACGAACGAGCGUUGAACACAGUGGGGCGAAGUUUUCAGAACUCAAUGUCAGUUAAUAAUUUUCAGCAUUCAAGGAACGCACAUACUGUAUGCAUCAUAGCAACAGGGUUAACACAAUAGGGUUAUUUAUACACGAGGUGAUGGAAUUUAAUUUGGGUUCAGCCUAUUCUGUUGUGCACCUGCUUAUUUGUGAGAAACAAAGUUUAUCAGGCAGAGAAAAUUCCUGACUUUUGUCGCUUAACUGGGCCACAUGUUCAGAUGGUUCUGCAAACGAGCAGACCUCUUCUACAGAUCAUAGAAAUUCCACCCCACCCCCCAGUGGCCUCAUAGAGAAUAGUGGCUUUGCACUACACUCCCACACCACCCCACCCAAGCCCACACCCCUUCAAAGACUCAGUGUUUGUCUACAAAAACCUCCACUGUAUGAAGUGAACAGUGGUCAGUAUUGUUUCACCCCUUCAUGUGGGUUUAGGGUUUCUUUCUGCUGUGGGUUUCAGAAUACAGCAGUGAUUUUCACUAAAAUGUCACAUUUGCUAGUUUUUCACUGGUCUCACCAAUUCUAGGUUGACCCUAGCCAAGUUAUGUUUUUUUUUGUUUUUUUUGUUUUUUGGUUUGCUGUUUCUGUCACCUGGUGACCUGAUUGGCCCUGAUUGCCCUUCUAAAUGAUUACCUUUCAGUUAACUGGCAAUGAAAGGUUGCUUGAGAUCAAGAUCGUGUGGACCCAUGGGCUCAUGAGAAUUAAUUCAGGUCACACUGUCCUUCAUCAAUUAAUUCACCUUUCCCACUCUCCUCAUGAACUAAUUAAUUGCCCCAUUCUGUGUUUUAUUUACAGUGUUUGAUUUGUGUCCUUGCUUAAUUUAAUAGAUGUUAUGAUUAAUAUAUUUGUAUUUGGCAAAUGAUUUAAUAUUUCUUUGUAUGGUUGGUGCUUUGUUUGAAGUAUUGCAUAUUCCUUUAUUCUCUAUUCUUUAUUCCUUUUUUUUGUAUUUCCUUCCUUGCAUAUUUUAAUACGCCAAAGUACAGUUUUAUUGUACUGGUGCUACACUAGAUUUUGUGUUUGACAAUCACUGAAGUUUCAUUUGAAGUUUAAACCAAUAAAUUAUAUUUAAAUAGAAGAGAAAGAAAUGUAAAGAAUGCAAAGUCAAGUUUUUCUGGCCAGCGCGUAAUUAUGUUGAUGAGUACAAGGUAUGUAGAGGACGUAUAGGGAAGGACACCUUUUAUUUAUUUAUUUUAUAAGAAAAGCAAACCGAAUAAAGCAUGAUUGUCCUCCA